UAUGUACUAAUAAUCGGUGGCUUUGGAGAAAACAGGAUGGAGCCGGUCGGCGUUUUGGCGACAAGGAAUGGAGAAAAGCAACCCUCUUCUUUACCCUGAUUUGCUUUCUGGUGGGACCUCACGGCAGGUGCUCCCGGGACGGCGUUCUCCUAGGCUAGGCGACCAGGGCGGUGUCAAUGCACCCUCCAGCGGUGCGCGCAGGCGGGAGAAGGGAGGGUGGCCCGGGCAAGUGCGACAGUCAAGGCAGUGUCCCCACCACACCCCCAUCCAGACUGGCCAUGCCGAGCUGGUUCUUGACAGAAGGCCUCGGAGGAAGAGGGGGCACAGCUGCACAGGACACCCUAGGGAGCCUGCGAGCGUGGAACUUUGCCAGGUGCACGGGAACGUGCUCCCCUCCUGUCAGCCUCCCGGGGCGCCAGGCUCCAGCGGCCCGCAGUGGGACCGCCUCAGCGGUGUGGGCUGGACCCAGUCGCUGGGGGUACUGACCAGUCCUGGAAGGCGCAGAGGACGUGGAGUGGGGAGGCCGCGUCCCUAUAUGCGAAGGGCCAGCCGGGCACGCAGUCCUCAGACCCUAGUCCGCACCCGGCAGGUCCCCACGGCACCUGCUGCGCCCUCCCCGCCGCUCCCCCAAUCUCCAGCCUCUUCACCUCAGAAAACUACCAGUCCUCUCCCGCGCCCCCCGGCGCCCCUUUCCCAGGAAUGUGCGGAGGCGGGAGAAGAGGAAGACAGGAAGGGGGUGGGGAUGUAGAGAGACGGUCCCAGCCUUCCCCGCCCGCCACCCCCACCCCAACUCGGCGGCCGUCACGUGGUGCCUGGAGUGGGAGGUGGGGAGAAAAGGCGAGACUUUUGUGGGUGCUCCGCAUCGCCAGUAGUUCCUUCAGUCUCAGCCGCCAACUCCGGAGGCGCGGUGCUCGGCCCGGCAGCGCGAGCGGGAGGAGCGGAGACCCGCAGCCAGGAGCCCGAGCGCGGGCGAUGCAGGCGCCGCGAGCGGCACCUGCGGCUCCUCUAAGCUACGACCGUCGUCCCCGGGACUCCGGGAGAAUGUGGGUCCUAGGCAUCGCGGCAACUUUUUGCGGAUUGUUCUUGCUUCCAGGCUUUGCGCUGCAAAUCCAGUGCUACCAGUGUGAAGAAUUCCAGCUGAACAACGACUGCUCCUCCCCUGAGUUCAUCGUGAAUUGCACGGUGAACGUUCAAGAUAUGUGUCAGAAAGAAGUGAUGGAGCAAAGUGCCGGGAUCAUGUACCGCAAAUCCUGUGCGUCAUCAGCGGCUUGUCUCAUCGCCUCUGCCGGGUACCAGUCCUUCUGCUCGCCAGGGAAACUGAACUCAGUGUGCAUCAGCUGCUGCAACACCCCUCUUUGCAACGGGCCAAGGCCCAAGAAAAGGGGAAGUUCUGCCUCGGCCCUCAGGCCAGGGCUCCCCACCACCAUCCUGCUCCUCAAAUUAGCCCUCUUCUCGGCACACUGCUGAAGCUGAAGGAGAUGCCACCCCCUCCCGCAUUGUUCUUCCAGCCCUUGCCCCCAACCCCCCACCUCCCUGAGGUUCUUCUGAGUGUCCUUUUAUUCUGGGUAGGGAGCGGGAGUCCAUGUUCUCUCUUUGUUCCUGUGCAAAUAAUGAGGCAGUGUAAAGCAUUCUGAAUAAAUUCAGUCUGGCUGAAUUUUCAGUAUGUACUUCAAGGAAGGAGGUGGAGUGAAAGUUCACCCCCAUGUCUGAGUAACCAGGGUCAAGGCCAUGCUGGCAGAGUCAGCCCUUAGAAGUCACUGAGGUGGGCAUCUGCCUUUUGCAAAGCCUCCAGUGUCCAUUCCGUCCCCGAUGGGGGCAUAGUUUGAGACUGCAGAGUGAGGGUGACGUUUUCUUGGGGGAGGAGGGCCAGUUCCCACUCAAGGCUCCCUCACUUGACAUUCAUUCAAACUUCAUGCUCCUGAAAACCAUUCUCUGCGGCAGAAUCGGCUGGUUUCGCGCCUGAGUUGGGCUCUAGUGACUCGAGACUCAAUGGCUGGGACUUAGACUGGGGUUCGGCCUCACUCUGAAAAGUGCUUAAGAAAACCUUCUUAGUUCUCCUUGCAGAGGACUGGCGCCAGGACGCGACGAAGAGCAGCGGGCGCUGCACAAAGCGGGCGCUGUCGGUGGAGGAGUGCGCGUGGGCGCGCAGGCGCUUCUCGUGGUUGGCGUGCUGCAGCGACAGGCGGCAGCACAGCACCUGCACGAACACCCGCCGAAACUGCUGCGAGGACACCGUGUACAGGAGCGGGUUGAUGACCGAGCUGAGGUAGAAGAACGUGUCCGAGAAGGGGAGGAGGAUCAUGUACGCCCGGAAGUAGGACCUCGUCCAGUCGUGCUUGGGUUUGGCUGCAGCCAUGAUCCUCCGAAUCUGGUUGGGCAUCCAGCAUACGGCCAAUGUCACAACAAUCAGCCCUGGGCAGACACGAGCAGGAGGCAGAGACAGAAAAGAGAAAAAUACAGCAUGAGAACACAGUAAAUAAAUAAAUAAAACCAUAAAAUAUUUAGCCCCUCUGUUCUGUGCUUACUGGCCAGGAAAUGGUACCAAUUUUUUCAGUGUUGGACUUGACAGCUUUUGCCACAAGCAAGAGAGAAUUUAACACUGUUUCAAACCCAAGGGAGUUGACUGUGUUAAAGACCAUUAAAUGCUUUAGACAGUGUAUUUA